UACCCACAAAACUUGAUGCUUAAUGAUUACGUGGAAGAAGUCAGGCACAUGUGCGGUCCAUAGCCAAUUUUUAUCAGCUACUGAACCUCUUUCUUCCUACUUAAAGACUAGAUUACAAAACAAACAAGAGAUUGCACCCACUUCAAUACUCAAAAAAAUCAGAGAAAGGAAGAGCUUUCGGUCAUCAUUGCUAUUUGUGUCAUCAACAUGCUUGCCUGGCUAUGACAUGCUUCUCUGGCAUUUCAACAGACCCCUAGAAUAUGUAGGAGUCUUAAAGUGAUAACUUACACCAAAUAAUAUCUCAACUUCACCGUCUUGAAGUAAGGAAAAACCCAGGUUGAAAUUCUCUGGUGCUGGGUUCGUCGCUGCUACACCCGUGAACUGGUGAGUAUUGAAGUAAGGAAAAACCCAGGUUGAAAUUCUCUGGCGCGCUGGGUUCUUCGCUGCUACACCCGUGAACUGAUAUUUGGGAGCAACAAAUUUCAAUAUUGAUGGACUCCGGACAAACAAACAAACGUCCCUAUGAAAAGAAAUAUCCUGAUAGGAAUGUUAGACGACGCGAACAAUAUAAAGUUAAGAUGGCCAAUGAAAAGAGUGCACUAGCACUACAUGAGGUGCUCACAAGUCAAGUGUUACAACGUAGUCGCUUUGACAGAAUGACUUCUACCAUCUCUACUGAUACAUCAUCAGGACAUUUACAGUACACUCCUAAUAUAAUGGACUCCUCCUAUACUUCCAAAACAGAGAGUAAAGUUACAUUGCUUCCAUCAUUUCCUGCUUUCGACAAACGAAAUCCUCUUUGCACUUAUGAGAAAGGCAAGUUGCUGAAAUUUGCCAUAAGUUUACACUAAUAUACAAGACAUAUUAAUGUUAAUUAAAAAAUUACUUAUGUGGUAGGUUCAACAUCGGCUGUACCUAAUGAACAAAAUGACACAGCUGAGAUAGUGAUAACUAAAGGUCGCAGUCGAAAUAACAGAACUGCUAUGAAUAUUAAGCUACGGUCAGACUAUGUACCGUUAAAAAAUACUCAAAACUGUAAAUUCUGCUCAGCAAAAAGAUUUGAAUAUGAAUCUCCUGGAUUUUGUUGUGGCACUGGUACCGUUAAGAUAAUUUCACAUCGAAUGCCUGCUAAGCUUCAUAAUCUAUACUUCGAGAAUAAUGAAAAAUCCCAACACUUUCGAACAUAUAUCAGAACAUAUAAUAAUUCGUUUGCAUUUACAUCACUUGGUGUAAAUUAUGAUACAGACUUAGCGCGAAGGAAUCGUGGUAUCUAUACUUUCAGAGUUCAAGGACGAAUGUACCACCUAAUAGAUGAUUUGUAUCCCGGAGGGAAAAAAUCAAAAAAUCUACAGUUGUACUUUUACGACAACAACAAUGAGUUAGCAAAUAGAAUGGCAUGCUCUAACAAAAUCAAUGAAUCUAUAGUGAGUGAACUGAUGGACAUGUUGAAAGUUAACCCAUACUCUUUUUUUAUCCGAUCUUUGAUAGAUAUUCCCGAGCUACAGAAUUUCCAUAUUGGACUUAAAUGUGAUCCUGGUUUAGAUCAACGAGUAUAUAAUUUGCCAACUUCAUCAGAAAUUGCUGCAAUAUGGGUUGAGGACAAUGACAAUAAUAUAACUCAUGCCCACAUAUUCAAAUUUAUACCCACAGCAACAUAACACAAAUAGUGAACUAUUAUUACGGAUGCUAUGAUGCCUUACAAUAUCCUUUGUUGUUUCCAUACGGACAAAAUGGGUGGCAUUGUGGUAUUAAGAAAAUUCCUAAAGCAAAAAAUAUUCGUGCAAGUUAUACUCAUGAAUGUGAACAGUUAUCAAGCAUACGAAAUCUUUGCUCUCUCAAAUUCAUAUCUUCAAAUGGAAUCUCAAGCUUUAGAAAAAGGAAAGAAAAAAAGAGAUACAGUUUCUGCUCGUGAAUAUUAUUGUUAUAAACUUCAAAUGAGAAAUGAUGAUGAAGACGAGUUACUACACACUGGUAGACUAUUUCAGCAAUAUUCAGUUGACGAAUACAUAAAAAUUGAAACCCAAAGAUUGGAUUUUGCUUCGUUCAAUCAAGAUUUAUUUAGAAUGGAUAUAUUGCAAGGACUUCUAGAUAUUUUAAGACUUGGCGAACGGGAUUCUUCUAAACAUUGGUAAGCAAAAAUUCUUUUCAGCUUCCUUUAUAGGUGGACCUAGAGAUAUGCGACAACGAUAUAUGGAUGCUAUUACAUUAGUACAACGUUUUGGUAAACCAGAUUUGGUUAUAACUAUGACCUGUAAUCCGACCUGGCCGGAAAUAAAAGAACAUCUGUGGACAACUGAUGAGGCGCAAAAUAGACCUGAUUUAAUUAGUCGAGUAUUCAGGGCUAAAGUUGAAGAGCUGAAAACUGAUAUAAGCAAAAGAAAUAUCUUUGGAAAAGUUGCUGCUUAUAUGUAUACUGUAUAAUUCCAAAAACGCGGUUUACCACAUGCUCAUUUCCUUAUAAUAUUAGCUAAUGAAUAUAAGUUAUUGACAUCGGAGGCUUAUGAUGGAAUCAUUAGUGCUGAAAUACCAGAUGCCAAUUUGGAUAAGAAAUUACAUUCGCUUGUUCUUAAACAUAUGAUGCACGGUCCAUGCGGUAAUCUAAAUCCAACAAAUUCCUGUAUGAAAAAAUGGUCUUUGCAAGUUUAAUUAUCCAAAAAGAUUUGCUGAACAUACAUCAAAAGGAAGUGAUUCUUACCCCAUCUAUAAAAGACGAAACAUAGGAGAAGUUGUAAAAGUACGGGAGCAGUAUUUAGAUAACUCUUGGGUUGUUCCAUACAAUCCUUUUUUACUUGGUAAAUUCAACUGUCAUAUGAACGUUGAGGUUUGCUCUGUGGUUAAAUAUCUUUACAAAUAUAUUUGUAAAGGACAUGACAAAAUUGCAUUUUAUGUACAUGAUAAUGAUACAAACAAAGAAAUAGAUGAAAUAAAAGAGUAUCAAUCUGCUAGAUGGGUAUCACCACCUGAAGCUACAUGGCGUUUAUUUGGUUUCUCUAUUAGUGAGAUGUAUCCAAGCGUUUAUCAUCUUCAGCUACAUCUUAAAGGGCAACAACUUGUUUCUUUUAAAGGCAAUACAGAUAUAAACACAAUCAUUAAUAAUCCUAUGAUUAAUAAGACAAUGCUGACAGAAUUUUUCCAAAUGAACAGAACUAACAAAGAUGCCAUAAAGCUUAACUUAUUAUACAAAGAAUUUCUUGAACAUUUUGUAUGGUCAACUACAGACAAAACAUGGACAUGACGACAACAACGUUGUGCCGUUGGUCGUAUCGUAACGUGUCACCCAACUGAAGGAGAACGAUAUUAUCUGAGACUACUAUUGCUGAAUGUGAGGGGACCGAAAUCAUAUAAAGAUCUCCGAACUAUAAAUGGGGAACAUUAUAAUACUUUUAGAGAAUCCGCAGAAAAAAAGGGGACUAUUACACUGUGAUAACAGUUUAGUUGAUUGCAUGUCAGAGGCAGCAAGUUACCAAACGCCAUAUAGUUUAAGGCGUUUAUUUGCUACAUUAUUAGUGUAUUGCAGUCCAGCCAAUCCAAAAGAAAUAUGGAAACAAUUUGAAGAGUCAAUGUCAGAAGAUUUCAGAGUGUUACGUAAUGUUGAAAGGAAAGAUAUUCAAUAUCAAGUUUUAAAUCAGAUUAAUGAUAUUUUACACUCUAUGGGUCAUAAUGUAAACGAAUAUGAGCUUAUCCCAGAAACAGUUCGAGCAUCUAUAUUGGAAAAAGAAGCAAAGGAGGUAUUCUUUGAAAGAACCAUCACGGUUAGUGAAGAGGAUAUACUGUUACAUAAAAAACUGAACGCAAAACAAUUAAAAGCAUACAAUGUGAUUAUUGACCGAGUAUUUUCCAAGAAACCAGGAGCUUUUUUUAUUGAUGGCCCUGGAGGUACUGGAAAAACUUUCUUAUAUCGUGCUUUAUUAGCAACUGUACGUAGUAAAGGAUACAUAGCUCUAGCAACUGCUACUUCCGGCGUUGCUGCUUCUAUUCUUCCAGGUGGGCGAACUGCACAUUCACGUUUUAAAAUACCUAUAGACAUUGAUGAAAAUUUCAGUUGCAACAUCAGCAAACAAAGUUCAACUGCAGGUCUGAUUCGUGAUGCAAAAUUAAUUGUAUGGGAUGAAGUAUCUAUGGCUAAAAAAAGAAUGCUUGAUGUUUUUGACUUGCUCUUAAAAGAUCUUAUGGAUACAAAUAUUCUAUUUGGGGGAAAAGUCGUUGUUUUUGGAGGUGACUUUAGACAAACUCUUCCAGUUGUUCGAAACGGAAAAAAGAAAGAUUUUAUUAGUGAAAGUUUGCUAUAUUCUACCAUUUGGGACGAACUUGAAAAAUUGCAACUGUCCGAGAACAUGAGGGCAAAAACAGAUCCUGCUUUUUGUGAUUACCUUAUGAGAAUUGGAAAUGGACAAGAGAGGGUCAACACUAAUAACAAAAUUGAACUUCCAGAUUCUAUGAUUAUUCCUUUUACAACUGAAGAAGAAUCUCUGGACCAUUUAUUCGCUGUGACAUUCUCAAAUGUACACACAUGCUCCUCUAAUCCUUUUUUGGCAGAUGCUCGCAUUGUUCUGACGACAAAAAAUGAUUUUGUGAAUGAAAUCAACGAUAUUCUUAUAGCAAAAUUUCUAGAAAAAGCAACUACAUUUGUUGGCUUUGACGAAACCGUUGAGCCUAAUGAUCAAAGUCAAUUUGAGGACCUAUUACACAGUUUAAAUCCUGCUGGUUUACCUCCUUACAAAUUAACUUUAAAGGAGAAUUGCCCCAUUAUAUUGCUGCGUAAUUUGAAUCCAUAUGAAGGUUUAUGCAAUGGUACACGAUUGAUAUGUUGUGAUAUUAAGACACAUGUUAUUAGUGCUAAGAUCGCGACAGGCGAUUUUAAAAAUAAGCAUGUAUUUAUCCCAAGAAUACCAUUAUUAUCGUUACAGGACGAAAGAAUACCAGUUCAAUUUAAGAGAACACAAUUCCCAGUAAGAUUAUGCUAUGCUAUGACUAUAAAUAAAGCGCAAGGUCAAACUCUGGAUUUCGUCGGAAUAUAUUUGCGAGAACCUGUUUUUUCACACGGUCAACUUUAUGUUGCCUUAUCGAGAGCAAAGAGUUCAAGUUGUGUCAAAGUGCUGAUCCAACCGUCCACACUAGCCAACCGUGAUGAUCAUUCUACAUACAACAUUGUUUAUGACGAAAUCAUCCAAAGAGCAUCUUUGAGGCUUGAACCAACUUCCAAUGUACAUUCUAUUUGAGAAUGCUAUAGAGGCCAUGCGCUUUCAAGAGUUUGAUUCUGAACCAUAUAUUUUUGCUCCUGCCAUUACGAAGUCCAAUAUUCCUUACACAUCUUGCCAACUGCAAGAGCAUGUUGGAUGCUUCCAGAGCUGGUGGAUACUUCCAUUUAAGGACUGCUACGAAUAUGUAUCGUCACAUCCAUGAAGCCGUUGAAAAAGCUCAGGGAUAAAGGUGUGCUUUCUUCAAUCAAACUGCUGGUCAAACAUGGGCUUUCAAAUUAGAUAACUUAGUCUGUUAUUGGGCGUGGUUUUUGCCAUUGUUUUGAUGAUUCAGUAUCUUGGUUUCCCAUAUGGGCAGAAAAAAUAAGAAUAGCAGUGGAUGCACCCUUGUGACGAUCAAAGAAAGGAUUAUCAGCCAAAGAGUCUUAUCAGUAUAUAAAGGGCAGCCCGGUGCAUCAAGCUCCCCUGCUAUGCGCGGGGUUGGGGAAAGGGCCGCACCACGAUGGUCUAUUGUAUGCAACCUUACCCUGCAUUCUCUGCAAGAGGCUCUUUCCACGGCUCGAACCCAUGACCUCCUGGUCACAUGGCAGUAACUUUACCGGUUGCGCCAAAGCUCCUCUUUUAUUGGAAAUUGCACAUCAUAUUUCAACUCAUAACAUACUAGAAGAGAAUAUCAAGUUUUGACUUCAUCAUCUAAAUGCAAUCACAGGAGAAACAGAAGGGAAAAUUUGGAAUUAUCUUGGAUUUUGUUUGGUUUGAACCUCUGACUAGAUCCAAAGCGGACAAUUAUGCUGCUCAAAGAGCAAGACACUUUGAAUUGGGAUGGUUUUUGCAUCCUCUGGUAUAUGGAGAGUACCCAAAAACCAUGCAAAAUAUUGUUGGAAAUCGUUUACCCAAAUUCACAAAAGAAGAGGUUAAGAUGGUCAAAGGGUCAAUUGAUUGUGGGCAUAAACCAUUAUACUACCUUCUAUGCAUAUGAUCGCCAUCUAUCCAAACCAAAAGCCCUUGGAUACCGACAGGAUUGGAACUGUGCAUUUACUUGUAAGAUACUAAUAUACUAUCUUAAAAAAUGUUCUGAUUUCCUAUGUAUACAGAUGAUCGGAAAGGCGUACCAAUUGGUCCUAGGGUAAGCACAUUGAAUUUAAUGUUUUUUGUACCUCAAACUUUCUUGCUCUUGUAAGCUCAUCUUGACCUAUCUGUGCUCACUACUACGGUAUCUGAUAAGUAAUUUCCCUCAUAUUUCUUUUUAGAAGAACCUACUUUAGCUAUAUUUACAAGCACCAAUAACGGCACCCUGAAACUGACACCACCGGUAUCUAAAGCCACCUCUGCUAAAGGUAACUGUAAAACAAUACUUAUUUUGGAUAAGAUAGCUGUUUGAUUUAAUAACCAUUGUAUUUUACACCUUGUCACCUACUUCCAAGAGGGAAAAUUUCGCUUAUUCAAAAGAACAAAAAUUUUGUGCAAGAAGUUAGAUUUAUUGGAAUUUUGAUACAAGAUGCUUUUGCUCCUGAAAGAAAGAAGGCAAAAAUGCUCAAUUUUGUUGCUGCGUACGACAGAACUACUGUUACACUUGCCCCCAAAUAUAAGGUACUUCAGCAUUUUGAGACAAAAUAUCUGUUUAAUUCCCUUGAUUUCUACUGAAUUUGUUGGAUCUGCAUGACCUACAAGAAAACAUAAAGAAAAGCAGUAUAAAGUCAAAUUCUUCUUGAAUUACUGCUCUUAUUAAAUUUUACUUGUUUCACUGUUAACUGCCCCCUUAAAAAAUUUCUCUUUGCUUACUUUUUCUUCUGUUUACAUUUAAGAUCUAAAUUUUUUUGUAAUGAUAAUAUCAAUCUAACAUUGUGGAAGAUUUCAGAUUCCCUUGUAGUUUCAACGUUGCAACAAAUAAUCAGUGGUAUACUCCAAAAGAUGGAGUUCCACACUCGACUAUCUACGCACCAUUCUUCUAUUCUAAACCUCAUAUACUCGCCCUUAUUUCAAUGUUGCUAAAGCUUAUUUGACAUAAUACUUUAUCACCUUUGUUGACAAUAAUGCUAAUUGUUGCCAUUUUACACAGGUUUGUCAAGAUGCUACUGGAAAGCUACAACUUUUUGUGUAACAAUAUGAAUUAGAAAUAGAAGGAUUAGAAAAAGCAACAUUUAUGCAGUAGCUAUGUACGAUCUCCUAUUACUCUGUAACAUUUUUGUAACAAAUCUGCAUCUUCUAUU